UGCGAGGAGCCUCUUCGCUGCUGUAGUUUGAAAGUCUCGCCAGUGGGACUAAGAAGAGCAUUGGUGGUAUAAAUAUCCAGCAUUAACAGGAUUAAAAGAGCAACCACUCACUCUCCAUCAGUGAGAGUGUUAAGUGAGAGAGGGAGAUAGAGAGUGUGUAGCACCAGGAGCAGAGUGUACAGCUGUGUGUGUGUCUACACACUCUUGCAGGAGCCUGGCUUUACUACAACACUGAAAUUGGGAGGCAAGAACCACACACACUCAUACUCUCACAGCAUCCAUUUCAUCCCAUCUCACUUUCUGUCUGUCACACACACACUUGUACACAUAUACUGCAGCAUGGAGAAUAAGUCUUGGUGCUGGUACAACUAUUGCUGAAGCUUUGGACAGUUCAAACAUCUGUCUUGUUCCAAUCAGUUUCUCCUUCUGUAUGAGUUUAGCAGUGCUGGGGGACACUGGACACAUACUGUCUCUCUCUCACACAUACACUCUGUGGACAACAUUGCAGAGUUCAGCUUAAAAUUAAAAAGAACAGUCCAAGUGACACAAUCUGAGGUGAGAGGCACCAGACACAACUCUGAGAGACUUCUCGCCUGUUUUGACUGGGGACGGCUGGGAGAGCACGGUGCAUUAAAAAUACAGGUCCCAGAGGACCGCUUUGGUCUCAGCUAGCAUACACAGGCCCUGCCAUAAAUCAAUACCUGAGCACUCUGAUUUCUUCAUCAAGACAUUUCCCUUCGGCUGAAAACGGAAUGGGUUUCUUGAGCACUUGCUGACCAGAAGCGGCACUCUAGAGGAUUCUAUUUUUGUGGACGCCUGAAGUCCAAUUUAGACUGCAACUCUGAAAACACUUUGGGGGACAAAGAAGAAGAAGAAGAAGAAGAAGAAGAAGAAGAAGAAAAUAUAUGUAUACAGUAUAUUUUAAUAUAUUUGCUUCCUUCACAGUCGAUAAAGCUGAUAUUUCUUUCAAACACCUGUCAUUAAGGGAUUUCUUUACCCUCACACUUCCUUCAAAGAAUUUAGCACUUCAAAGAAAUAAUCCUAUCAGCUUUGGUCUAUGAAAAUCUCAGCUAUUUUUAUUAUUUCAGUCAUCUCAACUACAAAUUUAGAUUCUGUUGAAAUAAUUUCAAGCCACUUGUUUGUAUACUGUAGACAGGCUGAGAUCAGAAGUUAAGUUUAUGGUUAAAAUCUCCACAAUUGUAAAAGCCUGUCUAUAGUCUGUUGCUUAUCAAAGUGUUCAAUCAUCAGAAUCGACUCCUAUCUUUUUUUUUAUUUUCAUGCAAAGUGAAGUAUGUUAGCAUAUUUAUGGCCUGAGAUAUAUCCAAUCAUGUAAAAUAUGCUACAUUCAGUCAUGAAGCUAAGGAACAAAUAGCUUCUGACAUAUGAAGAAAUGGAAUACGCAAGAGCUCUAUGCACAUAGACUAAAAUAAGUACUCACCCAGCACAGCCUCAAAAGAGAUGGAGGAGAGAAUUAAACAGAGCAUGAGUUAGUGUGGUGACUAGCUCCCUGCAAAGAUUUAUGCUUGUAUCUGUGAUUUAUGCCGGAUCUUGUAUUAUAGAUUGAAUCAAUUGAAAUCAACCAACAAAAGUAUUCAGUGUGAGAUGAAUUACUGCUAUGCCCCUGUGACAUAUUUUUGAGAGCUGAAGUGUCAUCUAGAUCUUUGGAAAAGUCUUAGUUGAUGUUGUCACUUCUAGACACCUCACAAAAUGGAGAGUCUAGAUGAACUAGAACAUCCACUUUUGGGUGACAGCCCUAAAAACACCAGUGAAGGUGGUGGACUGUUCAAAGGCAUAUUGGUGAUGAAUGAGGAGGACAAAAGACUGCUCCCGCUGGAGUGGAGGAAUUAUUGCAGUUCCACAGAUUUUCAGCAGCAGCAGCUACUGGACCCAUGUUCAUUGCCUAGCACUCUAGAGUCUCUUUAUCCUCCAACUACUAUUUGGGCCGCUGCUGACUCCCUUGGCAUCCACAGUAAGGGGUAUCUGGAGACCACCUUUGUGGACAUUGGUCCCAGUAUGCCACAGGAAAGGAAGUUACUGGCAGAGACAAGAGAUGUCCACAGUGUGUCCUACAGCAUAGAAGAUGGGGAUGACCUUCUGCCAGACUUUGAGGACUCCUCCAGUGAUGACUUCAGUGAUACAGACAGUGAGAACUUUCCCAUCAUGAUUCCACAGGAUUACCUUGGUCUUGCUUUCUUCUCUAUGCUGUGCUGUUUCUGGCCUCUGGGCAUCGCUGCGUUCUAUCUUUCCCAAAAGACGAACAAAGCCUCAGCACAAGGAGAUUUUCAGGGUGCCCUCGCUGCAUCUCGACAGGCUCUGUGGCUCUCGGUCCUUUCAAUCAUUUUUGGCAUCAUCACUUACAUCUGUGCCAUCGUUGCCCUGAUCUCCUAUCUGUCUGGAAAACCACCUUAAAGACUAACGAAUAAUUACACACUAAUUUCUCAGAGCAACACACCUCCCUGGUUACUAAUCACACAAACUAUGUUUCUUACAUACUCACACUUGUCUACACCUGUAAUAAGUGCAUUAAUUCAGCAAAGACUGCACCUUACAUUUUCUGCAGGUUUGUGGUCAUUUAAAGUGUCUAACCCUCAUUUAGAACUUCAGAUAUGUUUAGAAUUAAAGGUGGAGAUGCAGCCUAGUACAGUGUGUUCAUGAUUUAGAUAAAAAUAAAUAAACAGAAAAACCAGGUCGGGUCACUAUAUUUGGAGAGAGCAACACAUCUUUAUUUGGGCGGUUUUAACUAAAAUCUUUGUAUUUGGGACAAAAAAUAGGAUGUCAUUGGUGAUGAUUAUAACACACACAGAAAAAAGUGAGACUUGGUGCUUUUGUAUAGGCAGUGAAGGUAGUGCCUGAGGCCUAAGGGCCCUCCGAGACACAUCAUUCUGAACAAACUGGGUCAGUUUCUAAAACAGCUCUAAGGCUGCCCAUUGAACCACUCACCAAAUCAAACCAAAUGUACCACAGUAAGUGACUUCAGAACUAAUUUGGAAAUUGUCAGGUGGAAAACAAUAACAGUUGUUUUUUCAAAAUCAGAAAGGCUCUUAAAUGUUGGUCAAAUGUAGAGAACUCCAUAAACACAUGCAGAAAAAAAGCAUGCACAAACAUACAGUUUUUACUGUUUUUUGUACAUGCAUUUAUGUUCAUAUGUAAUGGGGACUGAGCACACAUACACACUGCAGCUUUCACUUUAAGUCAUGACAUUAACUGAAGCCACUCUUUCAAGACAUAGUCAUAGCUUGAUAAAUGUAGUCUCUCCAUUUUCCCAUUUACUGACAAAACUCUUUUGAGAUAUUGAACACCUCACAUGGCUCAGCUGAUUAAGUUUAAAUUCUGGACCCGUCAUAAUUUAUAUUCAUACUGAGCUACUCGGCAUAUAACGUAUGUUUUGUAGAUGUCCUCUUGACUGAUGUGAAAGCUUUGUAUACUAAAAACUGAAGGGUAUUUGCCUGCCCAGGCAGUUAUUGACGUAAAGCUGCAUUUGUGUGAUUGAGGGCAUGCACCUGAGGUUAUGAAAUCCACUUGGGUAAAAGAGUAUUCUGGGAUAUGGGAGGCUCAAAUCUAUUGCAAGCCAUGUUUUUUGCAAGCUUUGUGAUAACAAAACUGGAGUCAGUGACAUUGAGAUCAUAAUCAGAAUAUCAGCCUGUCAACCCUUGUUCAUUAAUUUGAUUGGCAGUGUUGGGUAAAAUACUCAAUGAAGUAAUCCACAACAGAUUACUUAUUAAUUUUCUAACAUUUUUAUCAGAUUUCUCAUUACUUCACGGAAUAUGCAAUCAAAUUACUACUUUACUUUGAAGUUUCUUUCCAAAACUCCAACAGUUUUCACAGAAGUGUUUGGUUUUCCACAUAAAGGGAUAGUUCUCCCAAAAAUGAAUAUUCUCUCAUCAUUUACUGACCCUUAUGCCAUCACAGAUGUGUAUGAGUUUCUUUCUUCUGCAGAACACAAAUGAAGAUUUUUAGAAUAUCUCAGCUCUGUAGGUCCAUACAAUGCAAGUGAAUGAUGGCCACAACUUUGAAGCUCCAAAAAGCACAUAAACACAACAUGAAAGUAAUCCAUAAGACUCCAGUGGGUUAAUCCAUACCUUCAGGAGCGAUAUGAUAGGUGUGGAUGAGAAACAGAUCAAUAUUUAAAUAUUUUUUACUGUAAAUCUUGACAUCUGCAGUCUCCUUGGCAGUCAUGAUUUCAAGCUCGAUUACACUUUCUAUCACCGUCUAGCACUCUGCACAUGCAUCAAACUCUAGGAAGUGUUUGAAAUCAUGAUCGUAGAGACUGCAAGGGUAAGAUGUACAUUAAAAAAAUGUGUUACAUUUUGGUCUGUUUUCACCCAAAAUCAACUGGAUCACUUCUAAAGACAUUGAUUAAUCCACUGGAGUCUUAUGGAUUGUAUGUUGCCUUUAUGUGCUUUUUGGAGCUUCAAAGUUUUGGUCAUCAUUCACUUGCAUUUUUUGUACUUACAGAGCUGAAAUAUUCUUCUAAAAAUCUUCAUUUGUGUUCUGCAGAAGAAAAGAAAAAAAGUCAUACACAUCUGUGAUGGCAUGAGGAUGAGUUAAUGAUGAGAGAAUUUUCAUUUUUGGGUAACUAUUCCUUUAACAAAUCAUGUUUUGAAUGUUUUCCACAUCAAUAAGAUUUUAUUUCUUAUGUAACAUCAAUAAUAUUUUAUUUUGUAUAUAAUAUUAUUAUUAUUAUAUACUUUUUUUUAAUUGUAUAAUUAUUUUUUAUGUAACCCAAGUAAAGCAAUUGAAAAUCAACUAACUGUAAUCUGUUUACAAGAAAUUAAAAUGUAAUCUGUUAAAAUCCAAACAUAGUGUAAUUAGAUAACAACAACUAAGUACUUUGUACCUAAUAUGGUUGAUUGAUGAAAUGGACAUAAUCAUACAUCUAUCUAGCAUGACAAAAUCAACCAUUACACUAAAACUCACAAAAGGCAGGAUUCUCUAAACAGGACAGAGCGGAAUUUGUGCUGGACUAGUCAAUAUCAAAUGCAAGAAUGUCAUUGAAAUAGUCCACAUUGAAAUGUCAAAUACACAAUACGAUUACCAGAAAACAGCAGUUGUUUUAAAGGUUGAAAUGUGUCCAGUUGCAAAAGAACCACAAAACAGCAGUCAGCUUAAACUGCCUUGGCAGGUGCCCUCCGAGCUCCCUGCAGUUAGAAAUUGGGUCAUAUCAUAGUAGCCAAUAAUACUACUUCUACAACAAGCUGCCCCAUCAUGAAAAGGAGAAGAGUGAUAGUACAGGCUCCUCCAGUAAAUUAUAAUUGCCUAUCUGGUAUCGGCAUGUUAGUGGAGCACCAUAAAUGGUUACACUAAUCAAAUUGUUGCAGUUUUUAUGCAGUUUAUUCUUAGUAAAGUAAAAUGGAGCAGAUAAAUCUGACAAGAAUGUAUGUCCUUGUUGUGUAAAUGUAUAUGUAAAUUUUACAACUUCCGGUUAUGAGCUAAUAAAUGCACUUCAUUGAAGGUU